AUGCCUGAUGCUUUGAGGCUGCACAGGACGUUUGGAAUCGCAGCACUUCGGCAAGCCGACAAAUGGGAAGCAGUUGUGGACAACUUGGUGGCCAUGCCCGCUAGGAGGACAACGCCAAACACUGCUUGCUACCACCAGGUAGUGGCCGGUUGCCACAAACGUUGGGAGUUCGGCAUCGCGCUCGUCAGCUUGUCUGCGGGCAUCCUACGUCGAAGCUUGCCUCUCGUCACCUCUGCUCUUCAGCUCCAGGCUGAACAGGCAUGGCACUGCUCGCUGAACAUGCUAGGCCUGGUUCGUCAAGCGGGCAUGAUCCCGGAUGCUGUUGCGAUUACUUCAUUCGGCCAAGCCCGUCGUUGGCGAAGUACUCUCAGGAUUUUGUCUGCAGCGCAGCAUGCCGACAUUGAAACAGACCUGAUUGCUUACAAUGUGGUGGCAGCAGGCAUUGCCGCUGAAAGCGCCUGGCGAGAAGCGGCGUCCUCCAUGUGCCAGGCAAUCUCGAAGUCAGUGCGGCCAGAUGCUGCCAGCGUAAACAUCCAGCUUAGUUCCGGAAAGUGGAAUUGGGCCCUGGACUUGUUGCAGCGACAAGUGGCUGCCCGAUUGAGAAGAACAACCAUGCAUUUCAACACGGCCGUCAGUGCUUGCGAGAAGCAGGGCGACUGGGCACGUUCGCUGCAAGUGUUUACUUGCAUGCAGCAAAGUGGAGGAGAGCCCAAUGCUGUAACCUUCGGAGGGAAGAUAUGUGCCGACGCAGAGCAGUCCUGGCCAGCAGCCCUGCAUGGUCUACAUGCGAUGAGUCAUGAGCUUCUCAUUCCGCCCAGCGCCAUCCACUAUGGUGCCCUGUUGAGUGCAGCUGUGCACGACGAAGUCUGGGAAGCAGCGUUGCAGUGCUUUUCAUGGAUGUACAAGGCGCAGCUGCCUCCAUCAGACAUAUGCAUCGACCUGGUAAUCGUUGCAUGCGAGAAAGCUGGACAGAAGGGACAGGCACUCAUGGCACUGUGGCAGUCGGAGGAAAGCAGCAUGUUUCCAGCUUCCACGGCCUCUUUCUGCCUGGCCUUGGCGAGACUCUCUGUGCGCGAGCCAGAAAUUCUGCAUGCCACCUUUGACAGCGUGCUGGCUGAGCUGGGUCAUCAUGAUGCAGAGGACUUGGCAGCACUGUGGUGGUCCUUUGCCACCCUGGGAGCCUGGAGCCCGAAGGUCAUGGAGGCCGUCCGUGCCAAGUUGAUGGCCAGUGAGCCGUCUCUGUCCCUGGAGAACUUGUCCGUAGUCGCCUGGGCCUGUGCAGCCUCCAUGCCAGAUGUGGUCACCCUUCUGUGGGUGCAGACGGAAGCCAGGGAAUGCUGGUGGCGUGAACGGGAUCUCCCAUGGCACCGGGGAGACUCCACUCAACAGCUGCUGACGAUCACAUGGGCUUGCAGCUUUGCUAAGUCCCUGACUGCCGACUUUCGGCGCUUUGUCGAGCAGCGCGCGCUGACCGUCGGCCGCGGCCUGGAUGCGAAAGCCGCGAACGCCGUUACCGACCCCGCUUCUUCUCGCGGCGACGCGCCGUCGGCCCCGCAGUUGGAGGACCCGAGAGUCGAACUUUGUCUGAACGACAGGCUUGUGCUUUACAAGCCUCCAGGAUGGGAGGUCCAUGAUGGCUUUGUGCCUAAUCAGUUGCGCCGAUUCCUUCAGGACCAGGUCGGUCCGCUGCCGCUAACAUAUGAUCAGACCCACAGCUUUGGCUUUCUCCACCGUCUGGAUGUGCCCAGUAGUGGCCUAGUGUUGGCGGCGAAGACAUACGAGGCCUUCUACGAGAUGCAGGUGCAGCUCGCAGCCGGACUAAUUCGACGCAAGUACCUAGCGAUGGCUCACGGCUGGAUGCCGUGCAGCAGGGAGGUUUUGGCUUCCGUGUCGUGGGGAGGUGGCCAUCCGACUCGAUCAGGCGGCAGCGGUAAGGCGAGCAAGACGUGGUUUCAUGUCCUCGCCCGGGAUGCGGCCGCGACGCAUGCGUUGAGCCUUCUUUCGGUGCAGAUCUUCACAGGUCGGCGCCACCAGAUCCGAAGCCACCUCGCACACAUCGGGCAUCCACUAGCCCGAGAUGAGCUUUAUGCAUCAAUGGCUACGCUGAACGCAGACCUACGGCUCCGCACACGAACGUGCUUGCACCGCUUCAGCUUGGCUUUCAAGGGUUCCACUGGCGAAAACCACGAUGUGGUGGCGCAGUGCCCUGCGGACUUGCUCAAUUUUUUGUUGGGGAUAUUCGAUGCACGGGACUUUCCGAAUGAGCUGCAGCAUCUUGUCAGUCGGCAGGGGUAA